GAAAAUUGCCAAAACAGAAUGAAAAACAACAUCUUUGUCCUUUUAGUACAAAACUUUUUUGUCUCAUUUUUGCUUUAGUUACCCUUUCCAUUUAUUAAACUUAAUGAAAUAAAUAAUUUUAUGAAUAAAAAAAUUAUACAAAACGUAAACAAUUGAUGAAAUACCCAUAUACAGAUUCUGAUAUAUUUUUUGGGUUCUAAAACUUGUUAAUUUUAAAAAAAUUAAUUACUACGAAACGAAUAUUUCAUCUUUUUACGAAAAAUGGCAUGAUGAAAAUUGAAUUCCAGAUUAAACAAGUUAUUCUAAUUUGGCUAGAACCAGUAAUUUACUUUUAAAUAGAAUUAUAAAUAUAAGGAAUAUGAUGUCUACGCAUCCUAAAGGUAGCUAUGUUUAUUCCGAAUGUAGCUAACUUUUAUGAGAAUUCUAAAGUUUUGCGAAUACAAAAUCUAGACACACCUCAAAAAUUUACAUAUGGUAGAAUCUACUUACAUAUUAUUUAUUCGCUCUCUACACAGUGUAGAAGUUGUAUUCUAUGGAUAAGAAUAACCAUAUUUCAAAAAAUUCAGUUACAAAAUAUUCUAAAAAUGUUUGGAAAUCUUAUUAGUUUCCUAAAACGUGCUUUAUCGAUUUACUUGUCAAAAAUCAUAAAAAUAGAAAUUAAGCUUUGUUUUUCAUCAAACCAUGUUUCUCCAUAGUUUUCUGGAGAUUUUCACAAACUUUUCUUCUAUUUAAUUUUUUUAUAUCAAAAUUUUUUUUAAAUUUUUAAUUUAUUUUAUUCCUAAUAUGUUUUUAAUAUUAGAGUUAUUUUUAAAUUUUAUUUUAUUUGAUUAAUCAAAGUUAAUUUUGGAAUUAUAAGAAAUUUAUACUAUAUGGACAAACUAAAGUGGGUUUUAUACUAUAGAGACAUAGAGUGUAUUUUUCAUUCUAUUUUGGCAAAUUUCUUUUUUUUUUAUUUAUCGAAAUUCCGGAGGAGGGCUUACCGCCACCUUUUUUUUCAUCCACGUUUUGAAACAAUUUUUAAACAACAAAAUUUCAAUAACAAAUUUAUAUUUUUAUAAAUUUACAUAUUGCUAUUGAACAAUGCAUUAAAAUAUAUAAAUAUAUCUUUUAAAAUCAUUUUGUUAAAACAUGGAUCUUUUCGAAACAAAAAGAUUUUGUCAAAUAGUAAGUUUUAAAACGUAGAUCUUUUGAAAUAAUUUCUAAAACAUGGGUGUUUUCUAAAACGUAGUUUUUUGAAUUUUUUUAACAUAUGAACCUUUACUAAAAAGGUUCAUAUAUAUAUGUUGCUUAGUGACACCCUGUGACAAACUUAAGUUUUUUUUUUUUGAAAAAGACAAACUUAAGUUUAAUACUCCUAUUUUACCAAUUUUCUCAAUAGAUGUUGACAAUAAAAGAGAACAUGUAAUUAAUCUCUCUCUCUCUCUAAUGUCUAGGAGAUACUUAUGUCUCAGUGUUAUAAAUUAUACCUUGUGUUAUCGUGUGUUACAAAAAAAAAAGACCUCGUGUUAUCAUCAAUUAUUACGACCAAAAAACAUUCUCUUCGAGAUUUGAGAGAUUCAUAUCAUUAAAUGCACUACUCAAAGAAAAAAAAUUUGUCGACCAAAAUACACAAAAUUAAAACCUUGUUUUCUGAGUAUCUCAAACGUAACCCAUAAAAAGACCAUGCAAAAUGGCCUAUAGAUAAGACUUGGAUGAGUCUCCACGUCACUUUCUAUUUUCGGCUUUUGUCCCCUAAACUUUCGACAACAUACGUCCCGCACCCCGACACUUCCCGGGACCUCUGUCUCCCCCUCUCUCUUUCUCCGCUCAUCUCCUAUUUGUAUAUUUUUAAUUUUUAACCUUUUUCUUAUUUAUGAAUAUGACUUUUAAAUUUAGUAUUCUUUAUUUACGUUCUUUUCUUUUAUUUUCAACUCGUGGUCCUCUUCACUCGUAACACUCUGGAAAUUUCCUUCUUUUUCUUUUUUUUUCGAAAAUUAAAAAUUUUCAUCUUAAAAUGUACGAGCAUCCCCGUUGGAGGAUGUAAAGAGAGGUUCACACAGUUUCUAAGAAAAAAAAUUAAUAUAAUAAUCUACUUUUUAUGAAUCUGUAUCACUUGAGCUCGCUAGAAUGAACCUAUAUCAACACUGUUUGCGGGUCCCAGUGAUACGUGACGGUCCGCGAUUGAUUGAUUUAUUAAUAUUUUUUUUUCAAAAAUGUCAAACGAAAAAAAAGAUUAUAAUAAUUAAAAAUAGAUUUUGAGAAAAGUUCACUAACGGGAGUGCUCUAAUACAGCUAACUUAUAUGUCUUUCAUACCAAUUAUUUUGCUUUUUUGUCUUUCUAAUUAAUAAACCCCAUGAAAUAUGCGUCAGCAUACAUCGUUUUUAAUGAUAUAUUUGAUAUUCUUCAAAAGAAAAACUAUGCGUAGUGUUUUGAUAUUGAGACUCCUUAAAAGAUAAAAAUGAUGUCACAUGGAAUAAAUAAUUAAAAGAACCUUGUCUAUGCAAAAAAGAAUAAACCAAGAUAAAUAUUAAAAAGAGGAAAAGAGUGAAGGCAACAGCACAUAAUAAGAGACAAAAGCAUCUGAACACAGUCAAGAAUAUAUAUACAUCCCCACCAAACAAACAAAAAUAACCAUGGAAGUAAAUCAAGAAGCUUCAUCAAUGCCAGUAGUUCCCAUAGAUAGUUUCUCUUACAGUUGGGUAGUUAACCGUCCUUCUUUAGAAGAUUCCAUUGAUGAUUAUCAUCAAACCUACGAAGAUUCGUCUUCUUCCUUCAUAGAGAUGGAUCCAAGAUUGCCUCCUUCGAGAAGAUUCUUCAUCAACAAAUCCCAUGAAAGUAGCUUCAAGUUCGAUAACUUCGUCUCUUUCUCCAACGAAGAUCACUCUUUAGUUCACGCCGACGAGCUUUUCCGCGACGGCUACGUCAUGCCUUAUCUACCAAAAGCCACGUCAGCAGCUACGGAAGAAGAAUAUGAGCCGUUGGACAAGAAAACGGAGAAGAAGAUGGAGACACGUGACAUUAUGAGCAAGUCUCCUUCUUCUUGUAGAAAGUUGAGAAGAGUUUCGAAAUGGGUUUUGUUGUUAUUGACGCCACUGUGUAAAAGAUUAAGGAGAUGUAGACCCGCUGGAUCAUCCGGAGGUAUCGGUAUCGACUCUAGGAUCCGUGUAACGACGUUGUCUAGAAGCAGAGUUCAUUCUGAUGAAAUGACUUCGUCGCCAAGAAUAAGUGUUGCAGAUGAUUAUUAUUGGAGAAGGUCUUGUGACUCAGAGAGCUCCAUUUACGAAGCCGUUCUUCAUUGCAAGAAAUCUUUCGAGAAAUGAGACUUAAGAAUCCAUGGAAAAGGAGCAGGUAGGAGUAGAGAUGGAGAAUAUUAAGCAAAUUGCAUUACACGUUACACAUGGAGUGGCAAAGAGAGAGCAACUUGUGUUGUGUCUUUUGUUGUUUCUCUCUCUUGAAUUAAAGAGAUUGAUGUGAUGAUUCCAUGUGAAUGUGUCAUCUGAUGUGAGUCAAGAACUUUCUUUUUUUACAUGAGUGGGCACAUAUAUAGGGCAGCUAGCAGAAUCAAGAAAAUAUUUUCAGAUUUUCUUGGGUAUUAUAGUUUCUUUUCAUAUAUGUAAUCCUAUGUGUAUCUUAUAUGUGCCUACCCAUGUUUUACUUUCUGGUCAAAUUGUGUUUUGAAUAUUCUUACUUUUUGUGAAAAUUUUGUCUUUUAUUGUCUUAUAGAUCAUAUGUGGAUGUCAUCAUAUAUAUGCAUGAUUGAGCUCCUUUUCUUA